UUUUUGGAUUGUCCUCGGCCGAACAGUGACGCUUCGACGCUGCGUCCGUGCGGCUGUUCAUCGCGUUUCGAACUUAAAAAAUUCGUCUCCACAACGGCAUCGAGACGAGACUCGAAACAUUUUCUUUCAAAAUUGCUUCUCCGAAUAAUCGUCGUAAGCGCUAGCAAAUAAUUAGUCAAAAAACCGGAAAAAUUUAGUGAGAAAUGUCGACCAUGACGCACAGUAGGAAACGUGUUUGUUACUAUUACGACAGUGAUAUUGGAAACUAUUACUAUGGGCAAGGACAUCCGAUGAAGCCACAUCGCAUAAGGAUGACACACAAUUUGCUGUUGAAUUAUGGCCUCUACAGAAAAAUGGAAAUUUAUCGUCCUCACAAAGCCACGGCCGAUGAAAUGACGAAAUUCCACAGCGACGAGUACAUCAGAUUCUUGAGAUCGAUUAGACCAGAUAACAUGGCAGAGUACAACAAACAAAUGCAGAGAUUCAACGUCGGAGAAGAUUGUCCAGUUUUUGAUGGACUCUACGAGUUUUGUCAACUGUCAGCCGGUGGUUCGGUUGCCGCAGCUGUCAAAUUGAACAAGCAAGCCUCCGAAAUCUGCAUCAACUGGGGAGGAGGCUUGCACCACGCGAAAAAGAGCGAAGCCUCAGGUUUCUGCUACGUCAAUGACAUCGUUCUCGGGAUAUUGGAGCUGCUUAAAUACCACCAGAGAGUUUUGUACAUCGACAUCGAUGUGCAUCACGGCGACGGGGUCGAGGAGGCUUUUUAUACAACGGAUCGUGUCAUGACCGUUUCUUUUCAUAAAUACGGCGAAUAUUUUCCGGGAACUGGAGAUUUGCGCGACAUUGGAGCCGGAAAGGGAAAGUACUACGCUGUCAACAUUCCGUUGAGGGAUGGCAUGGAUGACGAGAGCUACGAGUCCAUUUUCGUACCAAUCAUUUCCAAAGUCAUGGAAACUUUCCAACCUUCCGCUGUCGUUCUCCAAUGCGGCGCGGACUCGUUGACUGGCGACCGGUUGGGAUGUUUCAACCUGACGGUUCGUGGCCACGGCAAAUGUGUAGAAUUUGUGAAAAAAUACAAUUUGCCAUUUUUGAUGGUUGGCGGUGGUGGUUACACGAUCAGAAACGUUUCGAGAUGUUGGACGUACGAAACUUCGGUCGCCCUCGGCUCCGAAAUCGCCAACGAACUGCCCUACAACGAUUACUUUGAAUAUUUCGGACCUGACUUCAAACUCCACAUCAGCCCUUCGAAUAUGGCAAACCAAAACACCAUAGAAUAUUUGGAAAAAAUUAAAACGAGGUUAUUCGAAAAUUUGAGGAUGUUGCCACACGCACCAGGAGUCCAAGUCCAAGCGAUUCCCGAGGAUGGGGCAACGGUCGAGGACUCUGAAGCCGAGGAAAAAAUAAACCCGGAUGAAAGAUUACCACAACGAGAUUUAGACAAAAGGAUACAACACGAAAACGAGUACAGUGAUAGCGAGGACGAGGGCGACGGUGGUCGUCGAGAUAAUCGAUCUUUCAAGGGCUCGCGUAAGCGGCCGAGACUGGACAAAACGCAGGAAGGAAUCGAUGGAGACAUGAAAAAAGAGGACGACAUAAAAUCCGAAGUAAAAGACGAAAAAGACGAAAAGUCGAACGCGAUGAAUGACGAGGCGAAGAAAGACGGUAGUGGGAAUCCCUGAUAGAAGAGAAUUCGGGGCAGCUUGAGAAACUCGUUGAAAAAAAAUUAAUUUGUCGGAAUUCGGAGGAAGCUGGUGGGGAGGUGUGGACAGAGAGGAAAAAAGGAGAAAAGAAUUAAAAAGAACGAGGAAGAAGCAUAAAAAGAAGAAAAUCCGAGUGCAGAAUUACGAAGAAAGAAUCAAGGCCCUGGUGGAUUGACUAUCAUGUUCCUAAAGUAAUUUUCAAAAUUAUCAUUUCACGAUGCCCAUCGUCAAGGAAAACAACAAAAAACAAAAAAUGAUUUAAUUUUUAUGACAGAAAACAUGUAAAAUCAAGUCAUUUUUUCUCCAAUGGGCUCCCAUCGACGCUGCGUUUUUUUCACGCAAAAUUUCGCAUUGUUUUUACUCAAAAACAAUUUGCGAAAUAAUAAAUUUUGCGUUUGCUAAUUACGCCUGUACAUAAAAUAAUUAAUAAUCGUCUAUUUCUCUCUCUCUUUCUCUCUACAUCGAAAAAAUCUAGAUUCGUGAUGAAUGUUUCAAAAAUUUACAUGUUGACCAAAAGUGAAGAAAAUUUGGAAAAAAAACAAACAUAAAUAUUCACUUUCUAUAGUCUCUGAAUUCGCGAUUCUAUCAAUUCAAAUUUUUUAGUUCCAAAAAUAAACAACAAGACGAUUUUCUUAACCACCGAGAUUUUUUGUUCCAAGUCGUACCAUUAUUUCAAGCGACAAUCCUUUGAAAAUCGUGAUUCGUAGAAAAGAAGAAAAAAAAGAUUUCCUUUCGUUCAACUUGAAUUUACAGUUGAGCGAAAUGAGUAAGAUUUUUCAGAGCAAAGUCAAGAAUAAUUCAACAGCAUAAUUCAUUUCCGAUCCUCCAAAGAUGAAAACCCAGAUUUUUGUCAUAAAAAUACAGAAAUACCAAAAAAAAAAAAAUAAAAAAGAAAAAUGCAUUGACACAUCUAAAGUAAACAAAAUAAAAAUUAGAAAUAUUGGAAUAGAGCAAGAGCGAAUGGGGACAAGAAUGAAAAGUGAUUGUGCAAGGAUGACUGAAAAAUAAAAAAUCAUUACGACCAUCGAGCGUUAGUAAGUUUCCUCUACAGUUCAAUGAAACUGAAGAAGAAAAAACGACGAACGAAGCAACAACAAAAAAGCCAGAAAUAAAGAUCAAUGGAAUAUUUUUAGUGAUAUGUGAAAAAAUGAAAAAAUUUAAGAAACAAAAAUUGAAGAGAGAAAAAGAAAUAUUCAAUGUAUUGUUCUCAUCGUGUUUUAGUAUUGUAAUAAGUCGAAUUAAUUACGAAAAUAAUCGAGCAUUACUUGCGUUUUGCAUUGAUUAAAACAUACCGAAAGAAAAAAAAUACAGAGACAGUCACACACCCAUAUACACACACGUACAUAAAUACAAAAAUUUUUAAAUAUUUAUAAUAAAAAUCAUUUUUUGAGAUCGAUGAAUACA